AGAAGACGUGUUGAUAUCAGUGUUAUGAAAAAUCGUAAUUUGUCGUAAAGGUUGCUAACAAUAAUGUAAAUUAUAGUUUUUUAAUCAUUUUGUGUAAAAAAUGGAUAACAGCCAAACUGCGCGCGUGUUAAUUGCUUUAAAGCAAUUAAAAGAAUUAAUGGACAUCUCUGAUGAGGAAUUUAAAAAGGAGCGUCGGGUAUGGGUCAUUCCCUCUUUGGCAAAAAGGAAUCCCCAUAGUUUAGAAGCACACCUUUUGGAGGACAAUAUGAUAAAUAUCGACGAUUUUGAAAAAAUUCUUGGAUUAGUACAUUUAAAAAUAAAAAAACAGGACACCGUUAUGAGAUGUGCCAUUAGCCCACGCGUUCGUUUAUCAGUAACAUUACGCUAUUUAGCAACAGGUGAUUCAUUGAGGUCUUUAGAAUGUGUUAGUAAAAUCUCAAGGAAAACUAUAAGCCAUUUUCUUCCUGAAGUUUUAAACGCUUUAAUUGAAAGUUUAGAAAGUGAAUAUUUAAAGUUGCCCUCUAAUGAAGAUGAGUGGCUUGAUGUGGCUAAUGGUUUCGAAUAUUUAUGCGAAUUCCCACACACGUUGGGUGCAAUGGAUGGGAAACAUAUCCGAAUCAAAUCUCCAGCACAAUCAGGGUCUAAUUUUUUCAAUAAAAAUGGGUUUUACAGUAAGGUUCUAUUCGCGGUGGUAGACGCCAAUAGUAAAUUUUUAUAUGUUGAAAUUGGCGGAAACGGUCGAGGUUCCGAUGAUGAGAUCUUUAAAAAUUCAACAUUGUACGAAGCAAUAAAGGAUGAAAAGCUAAAACUACCAUCUGACAGACAACUCAAAGGACAAACAGUAAAAACUCCUUUUUAUUUUGUAGCUGAUGACAUUUUCAGCUUGGACCGCCAUGUUAUGAAGGCAUAUACUAAUACAAAUUCUAAUUUAUCAGCUUCGCAAAAGCUGUUCAACAAUAGGUUAAGUCGAGCCAGGAUGUCAGUUGAGAUGGCAUUUGAUAAACUAACCACCAGAUUUAAGAUUUUACGGCGACCUAUUGAAGUCAGUUUAGAUACUUGCGAUUCAUUGAUAAAAACCUGUUGUAUCCUACAUAAUUAUUUAUCUAAGGAUAUGACAGAGCCUUACGAAAUGGAGAUAACAUCACCAAAUCUGCCGGAAACCAUGACACCCCUACCGCCACAAUGUCAGGACCAGGUUAAAUUGGCCAAUAAAUUUAGAGAUAACAUUCGAAAAUAUCUCGUCGCAAAUGGUGAUGAUUAUUGUGACAACUAAUUAAACCAAUGUAAUAUUGCAGAUAUGCUUAUAAAUUAAAUUUAUCUUUAUUUAACCUUUAAUUACGGAGAUGUUGGUAAAUUUAAUCCCCGGUUUAUAUUUUUUUAAGUUUAAAAAAAAGUCUUGUGAAAUAAUGUGCCGCUUUGUUGAACUGAAUGAAAUUUUUCUGAAUUUCUUUUUUUAAAUUAAAAAUGAAUCUUAUUUUUAAAAAGCAUAUAUUAAUGAAUUCUCUUAUUUUAGUAAAAUGUAAUGCUAAAAUUAGAAAUAACCAUGUCUAAAAUGUUUACCUCCUUAGUUAAAGGUUAAGAUAUGGAAGUACGUAAAGUCAAAUGGAAAAUAAAAUGAUAAUCGAUCUAUAUUUACAAAAAGUGA